GUGAUUUAUCCAGUUGAUGGCAGUUAUACCCACACUUUGAACAUGUUGAAUUUGAACAUUUUCGGCUCUGGGUGUUGAGAGUUCAGUACUAUGAGAAUACAGUACAAAGCUACCUUAUCCGAUGGCUUUUGUGUCAUAAUUUAUUUCACGAAGCCAAAUGAAGUCUUAUUAUGCAAAUUGAUUUUAUGUAACGCGAUUAGAAGAGAAUUUGCAUACAGAGGACAGUCGUGAAUAUUUUUCCGUCCGAGGGGUCGCUUGUGGUCAUUGAACGUCGCUUUACUGUGCUGUUAUUUACACCCUAAGCUCCAAUCCUAAACUACAGUCGAAGAAAUGUCAACACUAUUUCCUCGAAACUUGUAUUUGUUAUUUAUCUGUUGGGUUCAUCUCCUCGAUCAGUUCGCCGUGGAAGCCACAAGCGGAAGUGCUCUAAAUCGCCUCGAAGACGUUGUUUUUCCACCGGAGUUUCUUCUAUCUAGCGAUCCUGACAUCCCGGCCGGUCACUUACAAAUGUUUGGCUUGCAAAGGCCGCCAAAAGCCCCCGUAGUGCAAUACAACACGGUACUAAAACCUCAAGAGUUCUGGGAGAAACACGUCAGCAAAUAUGAACCUCUUGUGUUUCGCGGGGCCCUAGCGAACUCACCCGCGCUACAGAAAUGGACAGACGAAUAUUUAAAGGAAAAAUAUGGCGACUUGGAUGUAUUAACGGAACUGAAAACGGAGAACAGAACUCAUGGCAUAACGGCGCGUAUGUUGCUGGGUGAUUUUAUUGAUGUAUACAAGAAAAAAAAUCUUUAUGUGGUCACGGUGUUGCCUGAUCCGAUGAGACAAGAUCUCCCGUUACUUCCUUGUCUCAUGUGUGGUACAUUCAAGGACUUCAUACACGAGCUCAACUUCUGGAUGAGCUCAGGGGGAACACGCUCUGUUAUUCAUUUCGAUGCAGACCAUAAUAUUCACUGCAUUGUCGCAGGUCGCAAAGACUUCAUGAUGAUCGACCCUGACUUUGCACCAUUUCUGAAUCUAACAAAGCCACCUCAGUUCGGUUCAGGGUUUUCAAGUAUCAAUCCAGAUGUGGUUGAUCUGAAUCUGUAUCCCGAUGUUUCCAAAGUGGAAUGGACUUACAGUACUCUUGAGCCGGGAGACUGUAUUUUUAUUCCUUCUGGUUACAUACACCAGGUGCGUUCAUACAAAGGCAACCGAACCAUCUCCGCAACUAUGCUGUUCACUGCGUCGUUAGACGACACGUUCGACAACUCCAGCUGUGAAAAUGAGACGUACGAGUACCGAGCACUCAGCCAAGCCAAAGUGCAUUGGACUUACAACAAGGGAGACAAAACGAUCGAUAUGGGAUAUCAGAAUGUAGAGAGAUUCAGACAAACCUUACUGUCUGCAUUUGAAGAACUGAAGGCUGAUACCUUAACUGAGGAACAAUUUUCCGUUAUAAUAGAAGAUUUGUUUGAGCUCGAUGAAGAGGAUGUGGAAGAUAUGCAGAGAGACACCCUUGAAAUUUUCCACGAGUUAUUGGAUCCAGAAGGAAAGGGCUUCAUAACACGUGACGACAUUAAAGCUCUUUCCCAGGACACUUUAAAGCAGAUUGCGCGGCGCUCUGAGGCGCCUCAUGGUCCUGUCGCCGGAGCACCAGGUGACCUAGGAGGCGCCUCCAAGUUAAGAAUGGAUAGCAAAGCUGAAACUGGGCAAGAUACAGAGAACGAAAGAAGAGACGAGUUGUAAAACAACAAAAGCUGAGAUUGAGCUAAAAAAUUAAAACGCAUGGGUUAUUCAAACUACACUUUUGGAAGCCUUUUGAAUACUCUUUCAUAGCCGUUACUUGUAUCGUCGCACAAUGCAAUGGAACUGAGUAUUGCGUGACAAGCCAGCUUUGAAGCAGGAAACAUUUAGAGAUUGGCAACAUAUCUUAGUAGAAAUUUUAUUGUGAAAGAUCACUGUAUAUUUCUACGAGUCUUGCUGUGUUUAGGUGAGCAAAACAGACAAGUAGAAAUUUUAUUGCGAAAGAUCGCUGUAUAUUUCUACGAAUCUUACUGUACUUAGGUGAGCAAAACAGACAAAGAGAUCAAAUAAUAUAUUUAUUAUUCUACGUUUCUUUCCCUAAAAGUCGAAACUGAAACUUGUUUUGCGUUCUUGACUAUUCUGGUCUCCAACAGAGUAUAAAUUAUUAAUUCCAGAAUCCAACCAGAGGGCUAUUAAAGGGAAACCGUUGUAGAAUGAGUAAAAGUAAAAUAAAAGGAUACACUACUACA